AUGAAUGAAUCUAAAACAGACAUAGUUCACUUCUCAUCACGUUUUCGGCCCUCACCUGAAUCAGUGUCUGUUGCUAUUGGAAACCAGGUAGUUGAAUCAUCCUCCCACGCAAGAAACCUUGGAUGCAUAAUGGAUCGCCAUCUUAUGAUGAAAGAACAUGUUGCAGCAGUCUGUCGCUCUGCCAUGAUUGCUAUUCGAAGAAUAGGACAGAUCAGACAAUACCUUACGACCCAAGCGACGCAGGCCUUGGUCCAUGCCUUCAUUACCAGCAGACUUGACAACAACAAUAACAGUCUCCUUUUUGGACUUCCGCAAAAUCUCAUCUCUCAGCUACAAAGAAUACAGAACACUGCUGCUAGAAUUGUCAAUAAAGUCCUUCGAAAACAGGAUAUAUCCAAAUCACUCAAGCAACUGCACUGGCUACCAGUAGAGAAGCGUAUUAUCUUCAAAAUCCUCGUCAUAACAUUCAAGAGCAUCUAA